AUGAGUACAUUUGAAGAUCUUCGAUCAGCUGUUAAACAAACACUUGAACAAAAUGGUUCAUUAGCAGCAACACGUGCUAAACUUCGCGCUGAUAUAUUUACAACAUUACAACAUCCAACAGAAGUUAAACCAAAAGUUCCACAUGAAAACUUACUUAUCAAUGAACUUAUUGUUGAAUAUCUCAACUAUAAUAAUUUACAUUGUGCUGCAUCAGUACUUGCUGCUGAAUCUGGACAACCAACACCAUCACUUGGUAGAGCUUUUGUUGCUGAACAAUUGAAUGUACAUGAUGAUGAGAAAACACGACAAUUACCAUUGCUCUAUUCAUUACUAUCACAUUUUUCAGCAAAUACAAGAACAGCUAAUCGUACAUUAUCAAAUCGUACAAAUUAG